CAGGCUUUAUCGCGGGGAGUGGAAGGAAUCGAAAGCAAGUUGAACCCUCGUAAUAAAGAACAGCUGUUACUCUUGAACCCUCGUAAUAAAGAACAGCUUUACACCUUACUGUGGUAUUAAAACAGUAGUCUACAACAGCAUUUGCAAAACGGUUGUCUACCUGACAUAUACAACAAGAAGCCAGAAACAUAUCAUCCACCACCACGGUUACAGUUUUGUAAUACUUGCACGUUUGCUGCAGAUCUAGAUAUGUAAAUUAUAGAUCGUAAUAACUGGGUUGUGGAAACUACGUAUUACUUUAUUACCUAAUUAAGCUGGGAUGUUAAAAUACUUGAAGCAUAAAACAAUAAUGCUUGGUGUUAAUAUGGUGUGUAUAACUGGUUUUCUACUGACAUUGAUGAAUACCCAAGCAAACCAAAGCUGCAGUGAAACUAUAAAAGACAGAACACUAUUGGCUUUGACAGAACGAACCAUCAACAAAUCCAAAGCCACACAGACGGCUUAUACACGUAAAAUUCUUAUAAAAACGUCAUAUCCGAUAGUACUAUCACAACCGUAUAAAAUAAACAAUGAAGGUAUCUGCCGACAUGUUCCAAAGAUAACAUGUAUUGUGAUGGUUCAUACAUCCCUCAACCAUUUUGAAAGAAAGUACAAUUUACGAAAAACUUUUAACUCAACUUAUUACAGUCCAAAUAUUAUCCGUGUCGUUUUCUUAUUGGGACUGACACAUAAUUCAACACUUCAGACUAUGAUUGAAUACGAAAGCUUAGUACAUCAAGAUAUUGUCCAGGGAUAUUUUAUGGACACUUACCAUAACUUAACUAAUAAAGGAGUCAUGGGUCUUAAAUGGAUUACAGAACAUUGCAAAAACGCAGAAUUUGUCGCCAAAAUAGACGAUGACGUAUUUAUGAAUUUCAAUAAAAUAUUUGGAAGCUUAAAAUUUAUAAAAGAUGUGAACAGGUUUUUGGCUUGUAAUAGAUUGGAAGCAGAUACAAAUCCAAUACAACGUGGAAUCAACGAUACAUGGUAUGUACACAGAGAUAAAUUCAAAAGAUUGGAAUUUUAUCCAUACACCUCAUGUAGUGGAUUGGCCGUGUUCAUUUCAAUCGACCUUAUUCCUUUGUUAUACAAAGCUGCAUUAAUAUCGCCAUUUUUCUGGGUGGAUGACUUUUAUUUAUUUGGUAUUUUACUUGCAAAGAUUCACGGUGUUGUGCAUUAUGGAAUAAAUACACAUAUUUCCCUCAAUCAUCAAAGAACAUUCAACUGCUUCUCAAAUUAUGGGAAUAAAUGUGAUUUACUUGUUGGUCUUACAGAUCCAGAUAACAAUCGUACUAAAAUUAGAAUUUGGGGAUGAAAUUGGAAAAUAAAUAAAAACAAUUUAAAUACAA